AUGACUUCCGAACGUCCAAGCCGAUGGAUCCCUCUGGAAAGUAAUCCAGAUGUGCUCAACAGUUGGGCUAACAAGGCCGGUCUUGUCGAAUCGCAGGACCAGUUUACGGAUGUGUAUGGUCUGGAUCCGGAGGUGCGUAUCGCGUUUGCAUUUGAUGUAGCAGAGGCUAUAAGACACCCUCAGUUGCUCGCGUUGGUCCCGCAGCCCGUCAAGGCUAUUAUAUUGCUAUUCCCGUUAACUGAUGCCAUUGAAGAAAAAGGAAAACAAGAAGACGAACGAAUUAAGGCCCAGGGCCAACAUCCUGUUGAUCCUACGGUACUCUACAUCAAGCAGACUAUCGGUAACGCGUGCGGAACCAUGGGUUUGUUGCACGCACUCGCAAACUCCCCUGUUACUUUCGCGCCUGACAGCCCUCUGGCUCUAUUUAUUGACGAAUGCAGAGACAAGACUCCAGAGGAACGGGCGAAGAUACUCGAAACCACGUCGCUGUUUGCGAAUAUACAUGCGGACGUCGCAUCUUCAGGGCAGACUGCUGCUCCCCGGGCAGAAGUUAAUACCGAUCUGCACUUUACAUGCUUCGUUCAGGCACCUAAUCCUCCCAGGUCGGACGUAGUUACUACGCAGCCAUUGCGCCUUCUGGAACUCGACGGGCGCAGGAUCGGGCCCAUCGACCGAGGAGAAUCCACCAAUCUACUAGAGGAUGUCGCCAAAUACGUGAAGUUGAAUUAUCUGUCGCAGACUGCAAGCGUCCAAUUCAGCAUGAUCGCUCUAGCACCCCCGAUAGAUUGA